AUGGAUGAGGAGAUCCGUGAGCUUACCGAGUCUCGAGGAUUGCUCGAUCCGACACCACGUAGAAGUGUGUUCGUUGAGGAGAAGCACGAGAAUCAGAAGACUGUCACCACCACCACGAAUAGCACGGAGACCAAUCGUACUACUAGUAGCCGAGUAGAGGUGCGUGGAAUUCUAAGAAAUCCCGAAUUUUUUAAAUUCUGGAGUUUUCCAGUUAGUUCUGGAAAGUGUAGUACUGCAAUGUUCGGCCGCGUCAUCAACAUCAUAUACCUCCAAAACGGAAUGUAUUCUUUUGAAAGGGACUUGUCCACUUCCAUGAUCCUCAAUGACAUGUUCGGAAUCCCUAACAUCCCAAUGCCUCCUGAUCAGAUGAUCUCGAACAUGACUUCAUUUAUCAAUUCUAUUCGAAGCUUGCCAGAUGUGGAAGGAUCUUUUCUGACUAAUAACCAACAGAAGUUACAAUCAUGGGAAGUUGCAGAAAAGUUCAACUGCUAUGGAAUCCAAGAAAAAUCUGUAAUUGAUGAGGAAUUGGAUAAGCUUGAAAAGCUGAAUUCGUUAAAGUUGUCGGACAACUUCAUCUCCAAGGAUAUGUCGGAGUUACCAAGCAAGAUAGAGGAUCAGAAAAAGAACGGUCCAAGUACGGACGUGCAGCAAGCACUUGAAAACAUCAAGGGAUCCAUCUCUCGAAUCAAAGAGAAGCUGGACCCAUGGAUUCAAGUAGUAGAUGGAUCUUGUACUUCUGAUACACUUAUGAAAGAUGUUAUGAACCCGCUGGUCAAGUACGAAGACUUCUUUACCCAACACAAAGACAUUCUGGAGAGCCUCGAAUCCUUUCUCAAGCAGAACAACAACACCCUUGCCCAGCUAAGCGGGGUAGUGUCUUCUGAAGACUUCAAGACACCAUUAAGAACGUCUCAAUCUCUGGCAGCCAUCACUAAUGCACUUUAUCUCCAUGACCCAUCCGAGAGCAAGUGCCUGCCUGCUUUCCCACGUGGCAUCAAGGAUACCGGAGGGAUUUGGGACAGUUUCUCCGAUCCUUGGAUUAUGGAAUCUCUUAACCAGAAGGGCAGUCUAGAUACACUUCGUGAAUCUUUGCGACCUGUUAUGGAGCUAAUGAGACAGAUGUUGGAAAUCGAUAAAGUUUGGACGGACAAGAAGAAAGAAGAUAUGAUUGAGGGAAUUGGAAAAGAGCUAAAGAUACUCUCUGAUCUGGAUUCAAUCUACAAGUCAUCUACAGUAGACUACGAACCUCUCAUGACAGUUGCUAAAAAAUGGAAGCAGAUCCAUGAUGAAUCUUCUCUGUUCAAGCUACCAUCAAGGAAAGUUUUUGAUGAAUUUCUAUCCCUAAGAAAGAUCAUUUGCGAGAAAUAUGGCAAGAUAUUCAAUAGCACUGAAAUCAAAACUUUUUCUGAUUCGGAAGUGUUUGACAAUUUGGUUGAAAACGAGGAACCUAACGUUUUGUAUGAUUCUGACGAUUUGAGAUCCAUCGGAACUUCCACCUUAUCUACUCAAUCCGAUGCAUCUGACUAUCUUCCGUCGACACGAUCGGAUCGAACAAUGUGGCCAGAAACUGAGGAUUCCGGAGAUAUGGUGUAUCCUGAAGAGAAGCCAGAAAACUUUGAAGUGAUACAAGGUGUCCGUGCCGCUUUCAUCCACUCGAACAUUCUGGAAUUCACUGGAUUAGAUGAGGAGACGUACUUCUUUGAAGAUCAGCGAUAUUUGAAAGAGAAGUGGGGGUACGAGAAGAAGGUUCAAGAUGCUGAGGAAGUUGUGGCGAACGGAGGAAUCACACAACAAGAGAGGGACCAAAAUGUAUAUGCUGCAUGGGACAGAUUGCUGGCGUUUGAUGCAAAAGAGAUCCUCUGCAAAAAUACGAAUAACAAAGAGAUGGUUCGAGUGAUGGUAAUUAUGGAAAACAUGGAUCAGAAGGAGCUUGAGGUGGAGAAGAAGAGUCGCACGGGAAAGUUGGAGAUCGCUACGAUCGCUUGGGUUUCUGUGGAUCGCAUCGACAACUACAUCCACGCAUCUUACCAAGACAAAUGGGACCACAUCUACCGAUGCUAUUCGCCACGUCAUUGCCAUGAUUGGUGCCGCGUCCGAAUGUCCAGCGACGCCGUGGAUGAUAUCGACUUUUACAAUGCAUGUUGGGUCUAUCCAUGGCUGGAUCUAUACCACAAGGUGUACAAGAAGUUCAAGAACAAAUUGAUCUGCGCUGCAUCACCGCUGCACAACUGCACCGUUGGAGUACUGUGGCACUGGUUGUACGAGAAUAAGGUCAAGUUCAUGUUGGUGUUGGAUAAGCAGCUAAAGAGAAAUAUUCAAAGUUCCGCUGAUUGGUUUCCAAAAAAGGUUGGUGAGAUCCUGAAAGUCCGUAGAAACCGGGAACGUGAAUACUUUAUCCGAUUUGUAAAAGCGCGACGUCAUCCGGAUGGAAAUGGUAUCGAGAGAAAGUUUAUCAUCACAUUUUCAAGAUUCCGUCAACGAGUUCAUGCAAGAAGCAUCAAGAUUUUUUUUAUGGACGACUGGGAUCAGGACAGUAUGCCGGAGAAAUGGCAACUCUAUAUUGUUCUCUGCGAGCGGAUCGCAGUGAGCUCGGUGGAGUAUCCAGUGGUGGUGAUGAGCAAGCAUGGAUCGGGGAGAGCAAUGACAGUAAUCCUAUCGGUGAUGACUGCAAUCAUGGCUCACUACGACAAUGAUGUUGGAAUCCAUUCGAUGGUUCAGUCGGGGAGAGCGUCGAAGAGACAGGCGAUAGUGGUCUUUAAUCAGGUCUACAUUUGGAGGCAACUCCAUUAUGAUUUAUUGUUUCUGGUGAGUUUUGUUAUUAUGUAUUUUUUAAAUUAUAUCCUUUCUCGGUUUUUUUUCUUCAGUGCUACCAACAGAUCCGUCACGUUCGUACAGAGAUGCAAUACCGAUUGUACAUGUAUGGUCAAGAAUUGGGCAAGCAUCGUGACUCGUUUGUCGAGUAUCAACGAUAUGGAAUGUGGUACAAGUACUAUCAAUACGAAGUUCAACGUUACGAACGCUUCUGGGCCUACAUUGAAUACUAUCAGUCGUGGGAUCUUGGAAUGGCAUACAGAAGAGAGAUGGAUUCAGGAGAAACGAAAUGGGCAGACGGAAGCGACAAAAAUGAUGCAGGCUUAUGAGAAGAAGCCGAAGCGAACUGCUGCCUACUUCUAUGACAAUGAGACUCCAGUCAGAAGACGUUGGCUGAGAAAAGAUGAUAAGAAGCGGGAUAAGAAGAGGAAGGCGACUGGUUAUGUUGAGAAGAAGGAUCACACAUUCGCAGAAUCGGCUGCUUGCGAACGCUAUGAUUUUCUGAUUCCACAGCACAAACUCGAGGGUCGCACUCAUCUUACCAAUGUAGAGGAUAUCGGAAAACGGAGAAAGUUGGGAGCCGAAUAUGUGGAUACGUGGACCGUGUGUCUAGAUAAGGAGAAUCAGAAAGGAAUUAUCAAGCCGGAAGAUCGAAUCGUUUUGCCAUGGCGUCCAAAACUUGAAUAG